AUGCUCGCACAAAAAAGCACCACGCGGUGCGUCCAAGGGGCCACUGCCCAGAAUAGACAGCAAUACAGGGAGAACAGGACGGAAUCGUCUAACAAAUGCAGCUGCAGUUGCAGUUGCAGUUGCAGUUGCUUUUGCUUUUGCAGUUGCUUUUGCUUUUGCAGUUGCUUUUGCAGUUGCAGUUGCUUUUGCAUAUAUAAGGAGCACCCUUGUUUCGCUAGAUCUUGUCUCGGAUCUUCGAUUGUCGUUUCAAUUCUAGUUCUCAAAUCGUACUUUCCUUUUUCACUAUCCUUGCCGCUUAUAACAGCAUUAGACACUAGUCACCCCUCCCUCUUUUCUUUUAUAUUCAACCCUUUCACUCCCGCCCCCCCCCUAUUUUAUCCCGCUUUAUUUACAAUGGGCUCUCCUAGCGGUAGUACCACCAAUGACAUGAUUACUGAAGAACCAAGCAAACCUCACCAAGUGCCACGUUUGGCACGUAGAUUGACCGGGUUUCUUCCCUCGGAAAUUAAAUCCAUCGACACAAUGAUUCCCUUGAAAUCAAGAACUCUUUGGAACAAACACCAAGUCAAGAAGUUUGAAAACCCUGACCAAUUCGAAGACCGUUUCAUCUCCCACGUAGAGACUAAUCUAGGUAGAUCUCUCUACAACUGUGACGACUUGGCCGCCUACGAAGCCACUUCCAUGGCCCUACGUGAUAAUUUGACCAUCGAUUGGAACAAGACUCAACAACGUAUUACUGCAAGAGACCAUAAACGUGUCUACUACUUGUCUUUGGAAUUUUUGAUGGGUAGAGCCCUAGAUAAUGCCUUGAUCAAUUUGCCCUCUCACAAGGGUGACAACUCAGGUACACCCUCCAGAGAUACCGUCCAACAAUCCUUGGAUGACUUGGGUUUCAAAUUAGAAGACGUCUUACAACAAGAACCAGAUGCUGCCUUGGGUAACGGUGGUCUUGGUCGUCUUGCCGCUUGUUUUGUCGAUUCCAUGGCCACUGAAAACAUCCCUGCUUGGGGUUAUGGUUUACACUAUCAAUAUGGUAUUUUCGCUCAAAAGAUUAUUAACGGGUAUCAAGUCGAAACUCCGGAAUAUUGGUUGAUGAAUGGUAAUCCUUGGGAAAUCGAAAGAAAUGAAAUCCAAGUCCCCGUCACUUUCUACGGUUAUGUCGAUAGAUCCAACAACCCCACUUCUUCUACUUUAUCUCCAGCUGAAUGGAUCGGUGGUGAAAGAGUGCUUGCCAUCCCAUACGAUUUCCCCAUCCCAGGUUUCAAAACAACUACUGUCAAUAAUUUACGUUUAUGGCAAGCUAGACCAACUACUGAAUUCGAUUUUGCUAAAUUCAACUCUGGUGAUUACAAAAACUCUGUGGCUCAACAACAACGUGCCGAAUCCCUAACCGCUUGUUUAUAUCCAAAUGAUAAUUUCGUUCAAGGUAAAGAAUUAAGAUUGAAACAACAAUAUUUCUGGUGUGCUGCUUCCUUGCAUGAUAUCGUCCGUAGAUUCAAAAAGACAAACAGACCUUGGACUGAAUUCCCAGAUCAAGUCGCCAUCCAAUUAAAUGAUACUCAUCCAACUCUUGCCAUUGUCGAAUUACAAAGAAUCUUGGUCGAUUUGGAAAAAUUGGAUUGGCAUGAUGCUUUCAAUAUCGUACAAAACACUUUCUCCUAUACUAACCAUACUGUCAUGCAAGAAGCUUUGGAAAAAUGGCCAAUCUCCUUAUUCGGUAGAUUGUUACCAAGACAUUUGGAAAUCAUUUAUGACAUCAAUUGGUUCUUCUUACAAGAAGUCGAAAAGAAAUUCCCCAAGGAUGUCGAUUUAUUAAAGAGAAUCUCCUUGAUUGAAGAAAACGGUGAUAGACAAAUUAGAAUGGCUUUCUUGGCCAUUGUUGGUUCACAUAAAGUUAAUGGUGUUGCCGAAUUACAUUCAGAAUUGAUUAAAACAACCAUUUUCAAAGAUUUCGUCAAAUUCUAUGGUCCAUCCAAAUUCACUAACGUCACAAAUGGUAUCACACCAAGACGUUGGUUAAAACAAGCCAAUCCUAAAUUAGCUGCUUUGAUCAGUGAAUACAUUCAAGAUCCAAACGACGAUUACUUAUUAGAUACCUCCAAAUUAACCAAAUUGACUCAAUUUGCCGAUAAUAAAGAAUUCCAAGAUAAAUGGAAUAAAGUCAAAUUAGAAAAUAAAUUGAAAUUGGCAGAUUUGAUUCAAAAAUGUUAUGAUGGUCAAGAUAUCAUCAAUAGAGAACAUAUUGGUGAAACUUUAUUCGAUAUUCAAGUUAAAAGAAUCCAUGAAUAUAAACGUCAACAGAUGAAUAUCUUUGGUGUCAUUUACCGUUAUUUGGCCAUGAAGGAAUUAUUCAAACAAGGUUUAACAAAGGAACAAGUCGCCAAGAAAUUCCCUCCAAAAGUAUCCAUCUUUGGUGGUAAAUCUGCUCCAGGUUAUUACAUGGCCAAAUUGAUCAUCAAAUUAAUCAAUUCUGUCGCUGAUGUUGUCAACAAUGAUCCACAAAUCGGUUACUUAUUGAAAGUCGCUUUUAUUCCAGAUUACAACGUCUCUAAAGCUGAAAUCAUUAUUCCUGCAAGUGAUUUGAAUGAACAAAUCUCCACCGCAGGUACUGAAGCCUCCGGUACUUCCAAUAUGAAAUUCGUCAUGAAUGGUGGGUUAAUCAUUGGUACUGUCGAUGGUGCCAAUGUAGAAAUCACCAGAGAAAUUGGUGAAGACAACAUUUUCUUAUUUGGUAACUUGAGUGAAAACGUAGAAGAAUUAAGAUACAACCAUCAAUACCAUCAAAAACCAAUCCCUAAAGAAUUGGAAAUGACUCUAAGAUCUUUAGAAUCAGGUAUGUUCUCUCCAGAAAAUCCAAAUGAAUUCAAACCUUUAUGGGAUGCUAUCGAACAUCAUGGUGAUUAUUAUUUAGUCUCUGAUGAUUUCGAAUCUUAUUUGGCCACUCAAGAAUUGGUCGAUCAAGUUUAUCAUAAUGAACAAAGUGAAUGGAUUAAAAAAUCCAUCUUGGGUGUUGCUAAUAUCGGGUUUUUCAGUUCUGAUAGAUGUAUUCAAGAAUACGCCGAUACUAUUUGGAACGUAGAAGCUUUGAAACCAGAAUAA